UUUUAUUUAUUAAUUUGUAAUAUGUGACAUUUAAAGUGGUGGAACGGGUUUUGUCACAAUUUUGCUUUUUGUGUAUUGUGACAAAACGCAAGCAGAUAGACGUUUUCAGUUUUGAGGAUACUGUUUAUUUUUAUGUGCCCAGCUAAUUUAAGUAUAAUCUUCUUGAUAUGAUUUUACUGUUGGUGGUUUUUGCUGAUUUGGUGAAAAACUUUGCUGUUGUUGGAGACAACAAAACAGACCCCAUACGGAUUUUGGGCAGGUGUCGGUUUUUCAUGUGAAAACUUGUUCUAGGAUAAUUCAGAUGGAAUAAAAGCGAAGCAAUUUGUUCUCUGCAUUACAGCAAGCCUGUCUAAGCUUUGAGGGGUGAAAAAAGAAACCAUAACAGAGUUAUCCAUUCAUCAUGCACAUUUUAUGACGUCAGUUGUAUUUUGAGACCUAAUGAUGAAGCUAAAGUGCUUUAAAAUGGUUUUGCACUUUUACAGAUUUCUUGUUGUUGCUCUAAUGUCACAAUUGACUGUUUAUGACAAUUAAAUUUUGCUAACCUGGAUAAGGACAAAAAAAAAAGUUUAAAAUGGUGGUUGCACUAAUUAAGGGGAACAAAGCUGUUUGAAUCAACCAGGACCUAUGUGGAAAAUGUAACUGUCCAACUUUAGAUUGUGAAUUAUUUGGAAAGCUGAGUUUCAUAAUGAGCCUCUUCCAGUCCUGAUUACCACUAGGCUUGUAAAUGAAGUAGGAUAAAGGAUCUCAAAAUCAAUGCAUCCCAUCCCAACCUAGUCUAUCAACUAGUAAAUGUUACAAAACUAUUUCUACAAAUAGAGAAAACAUGUAGCUCUGAUGAUUCUUCCCAGAAGUGGCUUGGCUAUUAAUAUUACUUGAAAACUACACCAAGCUUGAAUUUGAAUAUUUAAUAACCAAAUAAACCAGGAAGUCUACAUCUAAAUGGCUGGAAGAAAGAUUUUUAAGUGGCCCAAUCAAAGCCUGCAACCACAUCUGAUUAAAGUCCUGUGGCCUAUUUCACCUGAAGACCUUCCAGCUUGGCUCAAUUAACAAACAAAUCUACAAAUAAGGGUGGGACAAAAGUCCUGUUGCAAAACAGUCUUAUUGCAAAUGUUUGAUCGCAGUUGUUGCUGCCAAAUGUGGCACUAGCAGUUCAGGAUGGUGUCAGUCUUCCCAUGGCCUGCUAUGUUUUUUCACAGCUCAUAUUUAGUUGAAUUCAGCUGCCGCCAUGACCUCUUCUCAAAAUGAGGUCGAGACGAUAUCAGGAAAGCUGAAAGACAUUUCUCUGAAGGAGGAACAGCUUGAAGACAGAAAGAAAAUCUUGUUGGUAUUCCAGGAGCUAAGGAAUCGGGCUGAAUUUGGAGAAACAGAAGAGUCAGCUGCUACCCAACAAGAGAUCAAUUCUAUUGACAAUAAAUUGAAAGAACUCAGGAUAAAGAAGGCCGAACUGCAAAAGAACUGUGACAAUAUCUUACAUGCAAAAGAUGUGAAAUUCAAAAACGAUAUUAAGCGCGAGUCCAACCAGCAGCUUGACGAUAAAAUCUUCUUCGUUGAACCUCCUCCUUCUUUUCCCGCCCCUGCCGUGAUUCUGGAUAUUAAAAGUCUUCCUACACAUCCAACUAGGACACAGUGCCCAGAGUGCAUGCAGUUUGUCACCACGGAGACUUUCACUUCCGUCAGCAGCGUGACCUGGCUUGUUUGCAUUAUGUCAGCUAUGGUGGGCUGCGUGGCCGGUUGCUGCCUCAUUCCCUUCUGCAUGGACAGGUUCAAGACCACCACGCACAGAUGUCCAAAGUGUCGGUCGAAAAUCACAACCAUCAAAAAGCUCUGAGAGGAGAAGCAACCGGUGAGCAACUGAAGCACAUGCCGAGAAAACGCUGGACCGGCAGCUGCUGGCGAUUUAGUAACUGCUGAACAAUCAAACUCUGCUGAAGAGUUUGUUCAGCAGCAUCGUCCUCCAUUAUGCGGGGCAUGCUGAGAAAAAAUCCACGUCUAAGGGUUUAUGUUUGUGAACUUACAAAAUGAAAUCUUGCCUGAAUGGAUUUAAUGAAGCACAUCUCAAUAGGUAUAGCUGGGUAUAUUGCAUGUAAAUAUGUAUUAUAAUAGAUCUAUAAAAUGUAUGAAAUUUACCAUUUCAAUUUUAAACUACCUGAGAAUUUCUACUAAUCUUAAAGUAGUUCUUUAAGCAGUCUGUGAUGCUAUGGGCAUUUUAUCACCUCUUCAGAAGGAUUCGAAUCUUGUCUUUGAAAGAUCAGAAUAUUUUAGAUAGAAAUCUGGUAGACUCUGGCAGGAAACUGAAAAUGGGCCAAAAGAUGAACGAACCCAGGACUCUGAAUGACGAGAGAGACUUUGCAACAGAAAAUAAUCUGGAAUCUUUUUUUUUUUUUCUGCAUUCUCUAACCUCGUGAAACGCUACAGGAGAAGAUGCAGUGGUGGGUUACACAAAGUCCUGACAGCAGUACAAAACAAGUGUGGAUAUGGGAACGUUUCAUUCGCUGAACAAAUGUACUCAGAUUAGUUUGUUUUUUUUCCUAGAAUUAAAAACUAUAAAUUCUCAUGUAAGAAAUGAAAUAUAUUUUAAAGCUUUUCAUACAUCUUUGCCGGGUGCGACAUUAAAUGUGUCUGGCAAUGGAUAUGCAUGUAGAGAGCUGUUCAAUAAAGAAACAUAAGAACCGAU